AUGGAUAACACCACCUGGAUGGCCGCCCACCCAGGGCAGCUGUAUUUCAUCUUUGUGGGACUCUUCCAUCAAUCCCAGCACCCUGCUCUUCUCUGCAUGGUCAUUUUUGUGGUUUUCCUGAUGGCCUUGUCUGGAAACACUGUGCUCAUCCUGCUGAUACACUCCAAUGCCCACCUGCACACGGCCAUGUACUUUUUCGUCAGCCAGCUGUCCCUCAUGGACACGGUGUACAUCUGUGUCACUGUGCCCAGGAUGCUCUUGGGCCAGGUCACGGGAAUGAACAAGAUCUCAGUCCCUGAAUGUGGGGUGCAGAUGUUCCUCUACUUGACUGUAGGUGGUUCAGAAUGCUUCCUUCUGGCUGCCAUGGCCUACGACCGCUUUGUGGCCAUCUGCCAUCCUCUCCGGUACCCUGUCCUCAUGAACCACAGGAUGUGUCUCCUGCUGGCUUCUGGCUGCUGGUUCCUGGGGUCGGUGGAUGGCUUCAUGCUCACUCCCAUCACCAUGACCUUCCCCUUCUGCAGGUCGCAUGAGAUCCAUCACUACUUCUGUGAGGUCCCUGCUGUCAUCAAGCUCUCCUGCUCGGACACUUCCCUGUAUGAGAGCCUCAUGUACCUGUGCUGUGUCCUCAUGCUCCUCAUCCCUGUCACAAUUAUUUCAAGCUCUUAUUCCUUCAUCCUCUUCACCAUCCACAGGAUGAACUCAACAGAGGGCAGGAAGAAGGCCUUUGCCACCUGCUCCUCCCAUAUGACCGUGGUCAUUCUCAUGUAUGGGACUGCCAUCUAUAGCUACAUGCUCCCCAGCUCCUACCACUCUCCUGAGAAGGACAUGGUGGUGACUGUAUUUUACACCAUAAUCACUCCUGGGUUGAACCCCUUAAUCUACAGUUUUAGGAACAAGGAUGUUACCAGGGCUCUGAGGAAAACGCUGAGUGAGUGCUGCCAUGGAGGAAAUAGUUCAGUAGGGAAUUGGCACACUAACGGCUUCUUUUCAUUCUCUCCACAAGUGGAUGUGUAG